AUGCGCUGUAGGAUUGUGAUCCAAGAGGGGGUGGCUAAAGUUCGAAAACCUUUUAAAUUCAUUAAUGCUAUUGCUGAGUUCCCGGAGUUCCUUCCUUUGGUUAAAGAAUUUUGGGCUACUACGGAUCCUCUCUUUAACUCUACUUCUGCUUUGCACCGCCUGUCAAAGAAGCUGAAGCUGAUGAAACCUCUUCUGCGGCAGCUGAGCAAAGAUCAUAUUGGGGAAAUAGAAAAGAAAACAAAGGUGGCUUGGGGUAUCCUAUGUGAUCGCCAAAAUACUACUAUGCUCAACCCAACACAAGAGAAUAUGAAAGAGGAGUCACUAGCCUACAAUCGGUGGAACUUUCUUUCUACUCUUGAAGAGAAAGUUCUUAGUCAAAAGGCAAAAGUUCAUUGGUUGGGCAUUGGAGACGGCAACAAUACGCAAUUUCAUAGAGCAGCCAGGGUUAGAGAGGUUCGUAACGCGAUAAGAGAGAUCCAUAAAGAAGAUGGUACAAUAGCAAAACAUCAAGAAGAAAUUAAGGUGGAGGCAGUGAGGCAUUUUUCUCUGUUCCUAUCGCACAAGCCGGAGGAUUUCAUAGGCAUACCAGAAGCAGAACUUAAACAACUUUUGGGGUUUGAAUGUGAAGAAACAGAUAUGCGGUUUUUAGACAGGGAAGUAUCAGAGGAGGAGAUUACAAAAGUUUUAUUUGCAAUGGCAGCCAACAAGUCCCCAGGACCUGAUGGGUUUACUUGCGAAUUCUAUAAAUCAGCCUGGCCGGUUAUUGGAAAAGACUUCGUUGUAGCAGUUCAGUCUUUCUUCACAAGAGGCUUUCUACCCAAAGGAAUAAACUCAACUAUCUUAGCCCUUGUACCAAAGAAAGAUGAAGCAACAAAAAUUAGAGAUUACAGACCCAUCUCAUGUUGUAACGUCUUAUACAAGGUACUUUCAAAGAUUUUGGCGAACAGGUUGAAAAAGAUACUCCCCAAGUUCAUGUCUACGAAUCAGUCAGCGUUUGUCAAAGACCGUCUGAUCAUGGAGAAUGUUUUGCUAGCUUCUGAGCUUGUCAAGAGCUACCACAAGCCAACAAUAUCAUCUAGAUGUGCGGUAAAGAUUGAUAUCUCAAAGGCUUUCGAUUCAGUUCAGUGGCCUUUUCUGCUGUCUAUACUUUCUGCGAUAAAUCUCCCGGAAAAAUUUGUUCUUUGGGUGAAGAAGUGCAUUGAACUGGCCUCCUUUUCAGUCCAGAUCAAUGGAGAACUGGCUGGUUACUUUAAUAGUUCCAGAGGGCUUCGUCAAGGAUGUUCUCUCUCCCCAUAUCUGUUUGUUAUCUGUAUGGAGGUGCUGUCUAAGUUGCUAAAUAAAGCAGCUUUGGAGAAGAAAAUAGGAUAUCACCCUUACUGUCAAGAGGUUCAGUUGACUCAUCUUUGUUUCGCUGAUGAUUUAUUGGUAUUCUCAGAUGGCAAGAAGAGUUCGGUGGAAGGUAUUCUCCAAGUAUUUAAAGAUUUCGCUGGUAUGUCAGGCUUACAUAUAAGUCUGGAAAAGUCUACUUUGUUCUUGGCGGGAGUAUGUGAGGACAGAGAGGCCAUAUUGGAGCAGUUUCCUUUUGAGAUUGGGACUCUUCUGGUUCGUUAUCUUGGGGUUCCUCUCUUAACAAAGCGUAUGACAUCGAGUGACUAUUCCCCUCUGUCUACUCUGUGGGUUAAAUGGAUUAAACGGUAUCUGAUAAGAAAGGGCUCCUUCUGGAGCAUCAGUGACACAAGCUCUCUUGGUUCUUGGAUUUGGAAGAAGCUACUGAAGUAUAGAGCUCUGGCCAGAUCUUUUGUACAAGUAGAAAUAAGAAGUGGAACUACUACUUCUUUCUGGUUUGAUGAGUGGUCCCCCUUGGGGAGGAUAAUAGACCUCACAGAUAUACAAGGUUGCAUCGCGCUUGGGAUCAAUCUCAAUGCCACCGUCAAGUUUGUUAUCCAAAACUACCGGAGCCGCCGCUACAGAGCAGAGCACUUGAUUACCAUUGAUGAGGAGAUCCUGAAGUUGAGAGCCCAGGGGCUUACGGAAGAGGACGAUGUGGUUAAGUGGAAAGGGAAAGGCAAUGUGUUUCGACCUUGUUUCGACACACACCAAACUUGGAACUCUAUUCGAGUGGCGAAGUCAAAAGUUCAGUGGUAUAGGGGUCUCUGGUUCGCUGGAUCAACUCCAAAGUACUCUGUUAUGUCUUGGCUUGCUGUACAUAAUUGCCUGGCAACAGGAGAUAGGCUGCUGCAGUGGAACUCUCAGGCAAACGCUCAGUGUAUCCUCUGUAACUCUGCAGUCGAAUCCAGAAAUCAUCUUUUCUUUAGCUGCACUUUCACAGAGACUAUUUGGAGGAACCUCACAAGGAAGCUACUUGGACAGAACUACUCACACAUAUGGAGUGAAGUUCUUGAUCUUAUAUCGACACACACUGUCUCAGGGGAGACAAGGUUCCUCCUAAGAUAUGCUUUUCAAGUUUCAGUGCACAGUAUUUGGCUGGAGAGAAAUGGUAGGAGACACGGCAAGGUUCAGAGACCUCCGAGCAUUCUUAUCAAGUUCAUCGACAAGCAAAUACGAAAUCGAAUCAGUUCUCUCCGGGGACGAGCUGGAACAUCUUUCAACAACACGAUGGUGGUUUGGUUUUCGUCUAGAGAUUAA